UAUUUUUAACCACCAAUGAAACGCUCGAGAUAUCAAUUUCCUUUUUGACAGAAGCAGCAAAUUAAUGUUUACUUUAUUAAAUGUAUAGCAUUCCAUCAUACAGACGAUAACUUUCAAUUUUAGUGAAUGGAUUAACACAUAUUUUAUAUAAUGCCCCGGAAAUUAUCUAAAGGAAAGGGGAAUAAGACCAUUAACAAGUCCUCGAAUAUACAAAAAGAAGAAACAAGAACUUUAGAAAAGACAACAUAUGUGAUACAAAGAACACCUAGUCCUUCAGCACGUCAUUACUUACAGAAUGAAACAUGGGAUAUAUUACCUAAAACAGACUAUACAUAUGCGAGAAGUGGUAGUUACAGUCCACGAUUCUUUGGAAGGAAGUACGUAAAUCCUAACAUGUCUCGUUACCGUAUACGUACUAAACAAGGGGCUGGUGUCGGACAGGUAGAACAAGAAGAUCUGGACUAUGAUGGUUACCUGUCCAGUGAAUACAGUGAUGAUGAUAGAGUUGGUGGCGAACUUGAUUCUGACUC